AUGAGGUCAAGCCAGGAAAUUCCAUCUUCCGCAUCUUCAAGGAACCCUUCCAUUGAGGAUGACUACUACGAGCAUUCGAGGAGUUCUUCCUUCGAAGAUUGCGACUGCGAGAAUUCGAGGAGUCUUUCUAUCGAGGAGAGCGACUACAAGGAAUGCGACUAUGUAGAGUGUGACUACAACGAUGUCGAUGAUAUCGUUGAACAAGCAAGAUUACGAAGACCAGAUCCACGCAAGAAUGGGCCAUCAAUUGCUCAAAUCAUGCGGAUCUUAAAACGCCCCGACAGUGUAUGUAUUAUUAUUUAUUAUUCCAUUCUUAUCUACAUUCAAGAACGUUAUUAUUCCAAAAACCCACCGCCUUCGGUCAAAAUCUGUUUUCUGGAAAUUCUGACAGCUCUUCCACUAGACCCGAAUUGUAUUUGCGGAAAGCUGCGAGUAAAGGUUUUCGACUCGCCUAAAACUCUAAUCCACAUCAUUGCUUCCGAAGCACUGCCCUUUCCCACUACGCUGUUUUGCUCGGCUCGGAGAGCGACUUACUACUAUUUGAAUACAAACGGCUCGAUUCCUCCGUAUUUUAGCCCCAAGACCUAUCCCGGACGGAUCUGUGCGAAUCUACCGUUGAAUUUUCUCUGGAUAAGAAGAAACGAUGGAAAAAGGUAG